CACUGCUUUUGAAAUGGAACGUUAUUUACGUUCCUUUCCCAAACAGCUGACUUUUCAUUUUAAUCUGUUGUGUUCAAUGGAACGUGCUUAACGUCUCGAAAAUUUGAAAAGCUAGCGAAUAAAUGUCAAAAAGUAAAAAAUUUUGUGCUGUUAAUUUACAAAAUAAGAAAAAUGUUAAUAUCAGAUGGUAUUAAUCAUGGAAAAUUGCAGUCUAUAAUAGUUGGGGAGUUAAAAAAAGCUGGAUUGAAACAUCGAUUAAAGAAAAUUAUUUCCAAAAAUGUGAAAGAUCACAAAACCUUAUUUGGUGCUCCAUUGGUGAAAGUCCCAUCUUGUAGUGUAAUUUGUUGUGGAAGUACACUCAGCGUUCCUAUAGUUGUAACCGAAAUGUCUUCAGUACUAAGGGCCAACGCUCACGUCGAAGGUUUGUUUCGAAAGGCUGGCUCACAGAAUCGUCAAAAGGAUAUAAAGAGAUUACUAGAUGCUGGGGGCUGUGUAUCAGAUGGGCAUCAUCCUAUAGAUGUAGCAAGUGUACUCAAACUCUACCUAAGGGGUUUGCCAGAGCCCCUCAUAAGUGCUGAAGUCCAAGAUUUGCUUCUACGAUGUCGGCUCACAGCAGGAGAAGAUGCCUUGAAACCUGUCCUGGACACCUUACUCCUUCUACCAGUAUUACAUGUUCAUCUGCUACAUUAUAUAAUGGAGCUUCUCAACUACAUUGCUUCAAGACACAAAGAGAAUCUGAUGGAUUCCUCCAACUUAGCGAUAGUGAUGGCCCCGAGUAUCAUGCCAUUGCCCGCAGCCGCCUCCGCACAGCGACUGGAGCACCAUGUUGCACUUGUCAAGAUAUUCAUCGAAAACUCGCAUCAUAUAGGACUGUUGACGGAAGACCUGAUGACCCAGCUGGACGAUGAUUCCGAUGUGUAUCGGGCAAGAAGAAAGAAACGGCGGAGUGGCUCUCUCAAUCGUGUGUUAAGCGGCUUACGCAAAAUCGUAUCAGGCAGUGUGAACACUCCUGCCACGGUCCGGGAAACUACAAAAACGCCGGUUUUGAGCAAGUCGGCGGCCAAACGCAAGUUUGAUACAUACGAGGGAUUUUCUGCUAAAAUGAGAAAAGAAAUAAAACAGAAUUUGCCGCAAAAGGAGUUGUCUUUUACGCCUAUGAAGAUGGGGGUGACGGAUCGAAAAAGAUUAAGAUUAAGCAUGGUGGAAGCCAGAAGCACGCCCGUCGUCAACUGCGACUUCAGUGGACACAAGAACUCUGAGACCAGCGUCAGCAGCGAAGACAUGUUGACGUCAUCAGACCAUCUGUUCAGCGCUCAUGACACAAUCGACCUGUCCCCGGACAUGAAGCAGGCGGACAAAGAUUAUGUCAGGAUCUCUAAACAAGAAUACGAAGAAAUAAAAAGCAGAGUGUCGGCCAUAGAGAACAGGCUAUCCAGAGAGUUCACGGAUGUCAUUCCUCGCGUGGAACCCCUGCAACAGGUACAAGAUGUCUAUGAGCAAACCUUGGAGGAAGUAGCAAUGCUAAAUUGCCCUAAUUCAGAUCAUUUGGCGCGGCGGCUCAGCAAAGAACUGAAAAUAAGGCCGAACGAAGAGGCUAAAAUUAUAAGAUCCCCAAGCGCAAGAAAAAUUGGCUCCAUAAGACGACGUUCUAAAGAAAACAUCACAAAAAUCGUAAGACACAAGUCGUGGAAUGCAUCCUCUCAAUCACAUAACAAUCAAACCUCUGACAGGUUUUACCCUUACAUAGGUUUAAGGCGUAGAGACCGUACUAGCACAGCCAAACCAGAUUUAGUAACAGUAAAACCACCUGUCGUCAGCGAAUGGGACAGUUCAGAAAAUUCCUUGGAUGUCUCACAAAGCAGCAACCAGAAAUACCAUCUCCGCAAAAGAAUAUCGCUCGCGUCAGAUUUCAACUUGGAUAAAACAAUUGGUAAGCUGAAUCCCAGGCGAUCUUUGAAUGUCAAUAUAAGCAACAGUUGGGAAAAUACAGUAUCAGAUAAUUCAAUGAAUAACACUAUGAACUCGAGUUCAAAGUCAAUUAAUUCUAGUCUUAAAAGCUCUGAUGUUAUUGCUGCCAAAAACUCAAAUAAAUUCAGUAAACCGAGUCCACAACAUUCUCAGCACAAAUGGCGAAAUGCCGCUGCUUUCUUUAUGGAUAAAACAGGCGAAUUGGAAAGCGGCAGUCAAAGUGGUAGGCCGUCUGUGAAUAAAUUACGAAAACAGAAUGCAGGGGCUGUGCUUGCAAAAGCGAAGCUUUUCGAAUCCAGUUCAGAUAAAUCGUCUGAAGUAAACGACCGCGUCUUACACAAUGGAUUCGCGAGACGACCAAGAGCUAACCAACAAAGACCGCAGAAACUCGUGGCUCAGGUAAGACCUAAAGUACAGGCAAAUGUGAAUAUAGAAAACGUUGCACCAAAUAUUCCCGACAGAGUAAGUAGAAAUGCAGACGUCGCGCCGAACGUUCCUUCGAGAGUGUGUCGCCCGAACGUACUUCAAGGAAAAGAUAUAGUCGAUACAUUACGGGUGUUCAGAAAAACGACCCCACCGGCCAAGAAAGUUGUGUCUCCACAAUCUAAUAUGAACAGAACUGCACAAACGCCUACCAUGAAAAAAUCCUUGGCAACCCCGAGGAGUUUACGGAUUCCAAACGUAAAUGGCGAAACAAGAAAGCCUACACCAUUGAGAGCAAUGCAUAUAUCACCGAGAAGACGUUCCCCGCGACAGAAACUACGCCUUAAUCAAGCUAAUUAGUAUUAAUGUUAAGUUUAAUAGUGACGAAAACUGAUGAUUAUAUUGUUGCUCAAUGUUACUACAUUAUUUGUGAUUAUUGAAAUCCAGUGGCCAUUUGUACAUAAUAUUAAAUUUUUU